AUGAUGACUCGCAGCAUCAAAUCUCGUCAGGUUGAUGAACAGCUUCGUAUUGCUUUAGAACAAUUAAAAAAUACUCGCGAAAAAUAUGAUAUACUUUUACAAGAAAGUGAACAAAAUGAAGAGGAGAUGCUGUCAGUCAUCUCUAAGAAUACUGACCUUAAAAAACAAUUGUCUCAGCUCUUCAUUGAACACAGUGAAGCUCUUGAGAUCAAUCAGAAGUUGCAGGAUACGAUUAACACCUUUUCUCAAUGCAGUGAUGAAUUUUGUGAUUCAUUGAAAAUCACUGCUGAGUUGAGACAUAAAUUGGCUGAGGCUGAUGAUUGUAUUUCUGACUUGCGGUCAGAGUUAUGUAAACUUAAGGAACAGCAGCCUCAGAGCUUAUAUUCGGAACUGGUUCAGAGCGAACCCUCUUUGGUUGCUGUAGAUACUGCCUUGAAUUUUGACAUAACUACUAUUGAUCUGACUGGUAGUGAUGCAGAGACCUCAGAGCGCUCCCAGUUAGUUUUAAGUAAAAAUAAACUUAGGAAAUAUGUUAAAAUUAAUAAAUUAAUAUAUAAGACUCAACGGAAAUUGAGGAAUUACAAGUCUCAGGAAUACAUCAAGUUCAUUUGCAAGCAGAGAACUUCACUUUCACACCAGGUAGCUGUAUUGACUGAACAGAGUCAACAAAUUCAUCACAAACACAUGGAAGAAAUAGAAUGUUUAUCUACACAAAUAAACAAUUUAAAGUCAAGUUUAGAGAACAUUACAUUAAACUAUGAACUAGCACAGAGGGACAUUAGUGAGCAUGUGUUGGCAAUGGACAAUUUAAUUGAUACUUGUAAUUAUAAUCAACAGCGUUUUGACUCUUUGACAAUGCAGUACGCUGAAUGUAAAUGCUCUGCAUCGGGUUGUCAGGAGCUACCACAUGUUGAAAUUCAAAAACAUAAUGUGUCUAUUCUUUCAGUGCUAGAGUCUCAAAGCAAUGAUAUUAUGAGGGCAGCACCUAUCUGUCUACCUACUACUGCAUCUUCACAAGUUUCUAGAGAAGACAAAAUUAAAAUAAAAAUUUUUAGUGAUGAGCUGGGGAAACAAAUGGGUGUGGCAUUACAUGACCUUUGUUUUGGACAACAUGUGAUUAAUUACUGUAUGCCAGGUGCUAAUCCAGAACAAAUAUUUGAUAAGAUUUUAAAUACCACACAUUGUCUAAACACAGUCAUAAUAAUUAUGUUAGGGAGGAGAGAAAACGUUAACCAAAAACAAAUUUUGCAUUAUGUUGAACAAGUUAAUAUGUUAAAUAUUAAAAAAAUUAUUAUGUUCACCUUUCCUUACUUGCAGGACUUGCCGACAGAAAAUAAAAUUAGAUUUAAUAUUAAUAAUGCAAUUUAUAAUGCUUUUGACAAUAAUAACUGCAUCUUGACAUCCAAAAAAUAUGCAUUUAAAUUAAUAGACUUAAAUAAUAUAAUAAAAUUUAGAUAUUUAAGGACAUCAAAAAAUGAAAUAUUUAAAUUAACGAAUAAAAAUUUUAGACAAGUAGCAACAUCGCUACACUAUUUUAUACACAAUUUCCUAGCUAUAAAUUUAGCUAAAAAAAUACCUGCUUCUAUUGAGCAGGAAAAAGAUAUGACAUGUUAUAAGACUUUGGAAUCUGCUUCCAAUUUAAAUUAAUUAGUAAGACAAAGGAGUCACACUCUUGCAAUUACAAAUCAAUUAAUACACCAACUAGAUUAUACCCAUCAAAAGACGUUAACGUUUCAAUUAUUAACAUAUUCAAUUUGGUGCAUCAAAAUUUACAAGGGAUGAUGGGUAAAGAGCUAGAAAUUGAAAUGUUUUUAAAUAUGCAUAAUAUUAAUGUAUUCUGUGUCACUGAGCACUGGUUUAGAAACUAUGAAUUAUUGUUUAAUUUUAAUGAUCACCAGUUGUCAAGUUCCUUCUGCAGAGAGAACGCUAUUCGCGGUGGCUCACUGAUUCUCGUUAGUAAAUGUUUGAAAUGUAAUGCCGGAACCACACUGCGCUAUUCGCUAUUCGUUAUGCGAGCUAUUCACGCGCAUACGGCGAAGUGUGGAGAGUAUAUUCGCCAAUAUUCGCUUUAUUCGUACGCAUAACGCAUAAGGACGAAUAGCAAAUACGCGUAUCCGUCGACUUGUCGGUUUUUUGACUCACUUCAAAGGAUACGAAUAUGGCGAAUAUGCACAUCGACUGCCCACAGUUCGGUGUGUCAUUCGCUCGCUUGUGGCGGUCGUGUAUCGACGUGUCUUAUGACUUGUAAUCAUCCACCAGCGGUUUCUUUUCGGUCUUUUAGUAACUUUGUACAAGUAUUGCCAGGCGUUAAGCGAUUGCCACAGCUAAUAAGUGGAUUUCUCUCUCAAACCCUACAACGGUAAACAUGGUUAAAACGUACUGGUGAUUGAUCUAUGUGAUGUAAGGUGACUUCAAAUGGAUGUGUUGGAAAUUCUACUAUACUCUCAAAUCUGAUAAGACUAAUCACUGGGAUGUCUUACCAUUGAAAGAGGUUUGCUAUCGACGUUCCAAAUAUACCUACGAGCCCUCAUGAGAUUAAAGCUAAUAGAAUUUCCAGGAAUUUUGAGAUUUCAAUAAAAUGACAAUUAAA